AGGAAGCUGCGUUUUGUACUUCCGGUACCGCCUCUUCCGGCGCUAGCGGCGGCUUCGCGGAAGUGAGCGGCACACGUGUGUUUGCUAGGGGUCCGGUAGCGAUGGACGCCUUGGAUAAAGUCAUAAAGCCUAAAACAAAAAGGGCUAAGAGAUUCCUUGAGAAGAGAGAACCAAAAGUCAGUGAAAACAUUAAGAAUGCCAUGCUGAUUAAAGGGGGAAAUGCAAAUGCAACCGUGACUCAAGUGCUCAGAGAUGUGUAUGCACUGAAGAAACCAUAUGGAGUUCUGUAUAAAAAGAAAAAUAUUACAAGACCAUUUGAGGAUCAGACAUCACUGGAGUUCUUUUCAAAGAAGUCAGACUGUUCUUUAUUCAUGUUUGGCUCCCAUAAUAAGAAGAGGCCGAAUAAUCUAGUAAUAGGUCGUAUGUAUGACUACCAUGUGCUGGAUAUGAUCGAACUAGGUAUUGAGAAAUUUGUGUCUCUAAAAGAUAUUAAGACUAGUAAGUGCCCUGAGGGAACAAAACCCAUGUUGAUAUUCGCUGGUGAUGAUUUUGAUGUAACAGAAGACUAUAGAAGAUUAAAAAAUCUUCUUAUUGAUUUCUUCAGAGGCCCCACAGUGUCCAAUGUCCGACUGGCUGGAUUGGAGUAUGUUCUGCACUUCACUGCUCUGAACGGGAAGGUUUACUUUCGAAGCUAUAAGCUGCUGCUGAAGAAAUCUGGUUGCAGGACACCACGAAUUGAACUGGAAGAGAUGGGACCAUCGAUGGACCUGGUUCUGAGGAGGACACACUUAGCAUCAGAUGACCUUUAUAAAUUGUCCAUGAAAAUGCCCAAAGCUCUCAAGCCAAAGAAGAGAAAGAAUAUCUCCCAGGAUACUUUUGGUACAACGUUUGGAAGGAUUCAUAUGCAGAAGCAAGACCUAAGCAAACUACAGACCAGGAAAAUGAAGGGGUUGAAGAAGCGACCUGCAGAGACAGGGACAGAAGACCAGGGGAAAAAAUCAAAGAGAAUGAAGAAAAACUAGUGGAACCUAACUGAGAGUGACCACUUUCUUGUGGUUGCUUACUGAGAAUUGUUCAACUGAGUCUGUUCAGUUUCCUCAUAGGAAUUGGUGUUUAUUUGGAGGGGUGGAGGUGUGACAAGACCUCACACUGUAGCCCAGGCUAGCCCCAGCACUUGAGUGCUGCAAUUACAGGCGUGUACCACCAUACUCAGCAGAUUGUAUAUUUCUGUAACAUAAUUUAUUACUUAAAUUUUAUACAAAAUUAAUUAAUAUGCGUGUGGGAGCACGUAUGUCAUGGUUUGUGUGUGGUCAGAAGCCAGCUGGGGACUCGGUUGUCCCCGUGGGCAUUGAACUUGGUCACUCAGUUUGUCAGGCUCCGCAGUAAGUACCUUAAUCCACUGAGUUUCUCCACUGGCCCAAUUUAUUACUUAUCGUUAUGAACGGUAACACUGCAAGUUUAAAACAGGCUUCUUUACCUGUGCCAUUGGGUCCCAGUGUACUUGCUGCCUGUGCUUGGGGUGAUAGCCCUCUCUCCAAGUACUUCUUUUUGACUGUGUGAGAACCGGGGGCCACCCCAUCUGUGGACAGGUGGUGCUGACUGCAGUAACUUGGGCAAUAGGAGAAGUGAGGUGGAGUCGGUGUGAGUGCUUGGCAGGGCUUUAAUGGGGGAGGGGGGCUCCUGAGAGGGCUUACCACACCGAGUGAUCAGGCUGACCCCGACCGCGCGCGCGCGCGCACACACACACACACACACACACACACACACAACACUGGUCGUAACUGGUGUAGUGUGUAUUCUUAGGAGGAGCUGAGAGGCUGUUAGAGAUGGGGAUGGACACACACACACACACGCACGCACGCACGCACGCCACUGGUUGUAACUGUGGUGUAGUGUGUAUUCUUAGGAGGAGCUGCCUUGUGUAAGAUGCCAGUCAGUGGCCAGUUUGUCCUGGGAGACAUGAUGCCCCUGGGGUCCUUACAGUAUAGUACACCUGCUCUUGAUGGUGGAGCUGGUCCUUAUAUAGUGGGGGUUGAGGACAGCCAUACAUCACUCAAGUAGGGAAUGGCACCACACACUGACGAGAGUGGACGGGAGGGAAAGACAGGCACACUUUCUAGUAACAACAGGUGGUGGAUCCAGACCGAGAGCUUUCCAGCCCUGACCUCCUGUGCUGGUCCCUGCCUCACAUUAGAUAUUAGGCAGCAGUGUGAAUCCCAGGGAAUGCGUGCCCUACUCCAAUACACAGCUGCAGCUUGACCUGGUUUUACUCUUACUGUUUUGCUAGAAAUCUUACUAACUAGAAGAUUUAUCAGGGUUGGAUUGGUUAUGCAUGGCUUUGAUUCCACCGCUAGGGAGGCAGAGGCAGGCAGAUGCCUGUGAAUUGGAGGGGCUAUGCAGUGAGACCCCAUCUCAAAAGAAUCUGGAUUCGUGGUUUAAAGCAGGUUAUUAAAGUGACUCUGUGACCGUU